AUGCUGUAUCGGGUGAUGUUCAGAUGGAUGUGUAAGUCGUUACCCAAGAGGAGAGUGCAAUGUCUUUGUUUUCACACCAGUUCUAGUGUGAACAUAAAAGAAUUCAGUGAGGAUUCUCGGUACAGUAAAGUCAACGAGGGAAAGGCAGAAAUACUCCACCCAGCUAAUGUGUUCUACAAUCGAGUUCAGGAGUUUAACAGGGACCUCACUGUGGCUGUAAUUUCAAACUUUGUUCAAAUACGUCAACAGGAGAUUAGGCGUAGUAAAGCGCGGAGAAGUGAUUGUGUAACUGAGAAACAUGUCAUAGCAGACGAUGAUAUUGAGGUACCAACUGGAAGUACAUAUGAUCAUGAGGUUAUGGAAGCUGGGAGGAAGUAUGCUGAUGGUAUAUCAAUUUUGGAAGGCCUAGCAGCAUCUGGGCUGCGGUCAAUCAGGUUUGGGUUAGAGAUUCCAGGUGUGAAGCGAAUUGUCACCAAUGAUUAUGAUAAAACUGCUGUAGAAGUUAUACAAAAAAACAUAGAGAGAAAUAAACUUGAACACCUCGUCACUUCCAGCUUAGGAGAUGCUUCUAUGGUAAUGUACAUGAGUAAAGGAACAGAUGCUGCAUUUGACGUGAUUGACCUUGACCCUUAUGGAGGUGCAACCCCGUUUCUUGAUGCUGCAGUGCAGUCUGUUGGAGAAGGAGGUUUACUGUGUGUCACAUGUACAGACAUGGCACUUCUUUGUGGAAACACACCAGAAAGUUGUCGGGCAAGAUAUGGAACUAUGUCAUACAGAUCGGUUUACUGUAAGGAAAUGGCACUCCGCAUCCUUCUGCAGUCUCUGGAGACGACUGCUAACAGAUAUUCAAGGUAUAUUGUGCCAAUGAUAUCUAUCAGUGCUGACUUCUACAUUCGAGUUUUUGUGAGAGUUUUCACAAGUGCAGCAAAAGUUAAACUCUCAUCACUUAAGUUGGCUAACAUUUAUCACUGCUCAGGUUGUGGGGCUUUUACCAUUCAGAAGCUGGCUAGAAAAUUACAAACAAAAGGUGACAAUUUGCAAAUGGCUGCAGCACAUGGGCCUCCUGUCACAGAGAUAUGUGAACAUUGUGAACACAAACACUAUGUUGUAGGUCCAGUAUGGGCGGACAGACUUCAUGACACAGAUUUUGUGAAAAAGGUCAUCAGUUAUGUACAAAAGAAGUCAUCUGACUUUCAGACCCACAAGAGAAUAGUCGGCAUGCUUAGCCUGGUCAGUGAGGAGCUCAAAGAUUGUCCCAUGUAUUAUGUCAUUGAUGAUUUGUGCAAGAAAAUUCACGUCAGAGAAAUGAAGCAGGAAUUAUUUAUGUCUGCUUUGUUGAAUGCUGGUUUUGAAGUUUCCUUGUCUCAUGCUGAACAGAAUUCCAUCAAGACAAAUGCAUCAAACAGGGAUAUUUGGGACAUUAUUAGAUCAUGGGAGAAGAUACAUCCAGUGCACGAGAAGAGGCUUGUAACAGGUUCAGUCACAGUCAAUAUUCUAUCUAAAGAGCCAGUCCUCAAGGUGUCCUUUAAGCACCACUCAGGAGCCUCACAGGAUUCUAAGAAAAAGGGACUGGCAGGAUACCAUAAUAAUCAGGAAAAAAAUUGGGGACCAAAGCCAAAGACUAAACGAUCAAAGGUUGGUUGUUUAGGAUCUGUGAGAAACAAGUGGUAGUUUGCAGGGAUAGAGUCUGGAAGUCUGUAAUAAUCACACAUUUAUCACAAGUAGGACAUUACCUAUGCCCUCAAAAGCUUGGAGUUUGGUGGCUACAAGGUAGGUUCCAUGGACAGUCUGUCUCAGACUGGUUCAGUGUAGGGACAAUGGAGGCUUUCGCCAUGGACUGCCACAAAG